UGGUAUCGAAGUGCGAUAUAUAAGCCAACGUCAUACGUGCUGGAGUGACAUAACCUGAAAACUCGAUCGCUCCGGCUACGAUGGGGAUCCGCGUUCUCGUUUGUGGACAAUAGUCCUCGUCCUUGAAGCUACAUGGCUGGUCCGUGAUAAAUCGUGACUUCGCGUCGACCAUCGUCGACCAGAAUGAUGGGCGAUCUGGAGUACGCGCGGCAGUACCUCAGCCUGCAGAUCAACGAGGUGGUCUGCUGGUGGUGGUACUACCUGAGGGAGAUCUCGUGGCAGCUGCUGAUCGCUCUGCUGGCGUAUCUCUGUGUCUGUGUCUUCCUCUAUACAGUUCUUAAGAAAGUGGGCCACGCGGCCUGGCAAUUACCUGGUCCACCUGGUAGGCUUCUCCUGGUGACAGCUCAUCCGGACGACGAGGUGAUGUUCUUCGGACCGCUGCUCUACUGGGUAACGCGCUCCAAGGCCAGCGAGAUCUACUUGUUGUGCUUAUCCAUGGGUGGUGACAAAAGAAGGAUAGACGAGCUCUGGGAAUGUACAAAGGUAUUGGGAAUCCCGGAGGCGAAUGUGACGAUUAUUAUGAGUAGCGAGUUACCAGAUGAUCAAAGUGUACAAUGGCCAGUAGAUACAGUUGCGGAAAGUAUCUUGCAAUAUAUAGAAAUGUACAAAAUCAAUGCUGUCGUGACAUUCGAUAAAUAUGGAGUCAGUCGGCAUAAAAAUCACAUCUCUUUGUAUUUUGCAAUUGCCACAUUGUGCAUAGAGAAAAAAGUACCUCCUUACUGUAAACUGUAUGUGUUAGAAUCUGUUAAUAUAAUCAGGAAGUACAUUCAACUCUUAGAUUUACCCAUCAGUCUACUCUCAGCCUCGUAUUGGUAUUUGGUGACAUAUGAACAAAAACGAAUAAUCAAAAGUGCUAUGGCUGCACACAAGUCCCAGUAUGUCUGGUUUCGAAAAUUGUACAUGAUUUUUUCACGAUAUACGUUUAUCAAUACCCUCCAAGAAGUCAGUGCUCUCGAUCUAGAGCUGGACCUCCAGUUUGACGAGGAUUGAACAUUGUGUAAAGAAGAAAAAAUUGUAUAAAAUAUGUAAUUAAUGAUCACUGUACAUACUUUGUCUACCAUAAAUAUUAUAUAAAUUACAUAAAAUGAAAAAUUACAUACCAAAGCUACAUACGACAGUUUUAAAAUCCAAUAUACUUUAUGUAAAUGUGAAAUAUUUUUUUAUUCAUUAAUAAUAGAAUAUACAUAGUAAUUAAUUCUGAACGAGAAAGCAUCAUACAGCUUUCGAACGUAUAUAGCUUUUUCGGCCUCUAACAAUAGAUUACUCUUUUCUUUAAAAAAAAAAAAAAAAAUUUUAUGUGCCAUUUUAGUCUUACCUAUUUUUUUUUUGUACGUAAUCCUUUGUUUUAAAUUUUUCCAAAUGCAAAAUUGUCAUGAUAUGUACAAUUUUAUUUAUCAGCUAUGUAAUAAAGUUAUUUAGAAAUUACUGUAAAUAAAGAAAUGCAAUUUUAA